GGUACGUGCCGGUGAGUAGGUUGAGUGGGCAGACAGGACAGCCCUUCAUUCAACCAAUAUUGAUGCAACGGCUCAUUCAUUCCAGGUUUCAUGGAAUGUUAUUGGGAUCAAGGGUUUAUGUACCACAAAUGAGCACGAUUAAAUGCAUCAACGGUUUUGGAUACUAUGUUCACUGGAUCGUGGUAACACUCAUUCGUUACACCGAUGCAUUUGGCUUCAUGGAGAGCUUCAUGACGUGCAAUAUCACCCUGCCCUUGAUGCCAAUGGUCUGGAGUACACCUAUUGAUCUAGGUAGGUUGGGAGGUAUAGUUGGGCACAAGGGAUUCACUAUGAUAUGCAACACACAUGUCUAUACAAGUUCUAAGUAGCAUUAGAAGCACAUCCUCUCUGGAGCUCGAACAACCCAAACCCAAGCAUCCACUUUCUCUGGGACUUUGUAAAGCGUGGUGAAUAUAUGCUUCUCGAAUAUGAUACCAUUCUAAAUGGACGUCCUCUCCAACAUGCCGAUCAAUUUCGCCAAGGACCACCAGGUAUUUACUUUUUCUGUCCUGUUUUUCGCAGUGUAUAGGGGUUACAAUGGUCUAGACUACAGCCCGACAUUUGAUACACCAUAUUUGGAGGCUUUCAAUUCCUGAACCCAAUUAAGUAAUUGAAAUGGUUAUUAAGCCUUGGGCUGCUGAGAUACUUUUGUGGCCAAAUGCUCCUCGAGCAUUACCAUUCAACUGACCCCCACAAUAGGCACAGGUGAAAAUGCUGCAUUAAAAGUUUUUCAGGAAGUGUGUGGACGAACCAUGAUGCUGAACAUGAUUGUCACCGACACAACCGGUCGAAUGGCAAUGAUGAUGGGAAGCUCUGGACCUUCAGUCGAUUAUGGCGAUGAUGUUAGGCAAGUAGUUAAAGCGCUGGAGGCUGUUGUUCCACAGGAACAUUUGAUGGCUGGUAUGGUCGGCUGAGACUGUGAGAAUUUUGAGAGGGGCUUUUUUGGUAUGGCUCGGUUGAGUUCUGAAUUUCAAUCUGAAUGACA